AUGGGCUACGUGGCGCUGCACGAGUGGGUCAAUGGCUACCGAGAGGUCGUUUCGUUCCAAGGCGACGUCGCCACGUUCAACUUGAUGUCGGAGCGCAUCGAGCCGAUUCCAUUUCGCGCCAAAACGAUCGAAGUACCCAAAAGCACGUGCAACUACCUCUACGUGGUCGCCAUCGUCACGUCGGUGGCGCUGGUCGGCGUGGCCUGUAUCACGGCAGCAUAUACUCUCAUCCGGCCGUCCCGCAGCGCGGAUGGUUUGCACUUGCUACUCUACAACCGCGUUGUCGGGCCUGUCUGGGUCGGUCGACCGCUAUUGCUGCUUCGUGCGUCCGCCGCCAUCACCAUGCUCAGCACAGCACCACUCGCUUUUGUCAACGAGCAUGGCGUAGCUCGCUUUCAUUUUAGUUCUCGUCUGUUGACGCACAUUGGGAUUCUCGCAGGGGAAGCCACGUGGGUAACGUACGUCCUCAACGACAUUUUGCUGGUCGUUGCCAACCAGUAUUCGCAGUGGGCAGCGCCCCUCAGCACCUGGCUGGUCUGGUUCAGUCUCGUCGUGCUCGAGGUCUUGUACCCGAUUCGAGCCACCGCUGCGAUCGACCGUCAUUGCACGCGUUUCAAUGUGGAUGCUGUCGUGACAUGCCGCAGUGGCGUCGUGAACCUUGGGUCCCUUGACCGCGCCUCGCUCAUUUUGGUCCUCAAUUUCGUUGCCGUCGGCUUCGCCUACAGCGUCGUGUGCAUCUUUCGGUCGUUGCAGCGAGUUGCUCCCGCGACGUCGGGGGGCCACGCCAAGCUCACGCAUCUGGUGUCGGCAGGUGCUGAGGUAUUUUUGGCGCCAAAAGAGUCGGAUAUGUGGAGCUUGGAUGCGUCGUCGGCGGCCAUGAGCGGCUUUCUCCGCUUCCGCUUUCAGACCCUCCGGUGCAUUUUUGAUACAAAACUGUGGCUCUUCUUCUUCGCGAGCAAGGGACCCGACCUUUUCCGAGCUCCCAUUGGUCCGACCGAGACGACAUCACGGAGAGCAAGCUUUAAAACAGACCCGACCUCGGUGUUUGCAAAACUCAAGGUCUAUAGUGGUCUCAUUUACCUCGCUGCGACAGCGGUGGGUAGUAUUUCGUAUCUUCGGCUUUCGACUGUGAAUUUGGCCAACGAUCUUUGGUGGGCCACGUACAACACCACGGGGACGCAGACCUUUCUGUCCAACUGGUUCAACCGAUACCUGUUCUUCAACGCUUCUCAGCCGUCGACGCGCCUCGAUCUCCCCGUCUUUGCCGACAUGACUGACUAUUCAGCUUCAAGUACGCUCGUCACGUAUGCACCGACGUAUGCAAGAUUCGUCCAGUACGAGACGGGUAGCGACCUUUUCAUGAUGAUUCAAGGUCUUCGCUCCAUGGACGCCUGCAACGCGCCGUGGAUCGCUACCAGUUAUUGCUGGCUCGACUUUGAUCGGCAGGUCGAGAUGGCCAACACACUUGGUCGUCAAGCGCGAUGUGACGCCAAGUAUCAUAGUAAUGGUGCUGUCUACUUGGAGUCGAUUCUCAGAAAUGUCGACUGGCCCACGUUUGAGUCGUGCUGGGGCACCUCGUUUGAGAUUGGGGUUGCAAAAGACAUUGGCUCUCUCAAGCCCAACGGCGCUGCGUGGCUCACUUCUCUUGUCAGUGGCUCCCGCCUCUCUGUGGUCGAUGAAGCCAAAGUGUGGCAGUCCAAGGGUCUCACGACGUAUACGACGCAAUGGCAAAACUACAAGGCACUCGGCCUCCAUGACGUUUUCUCAAUUGAGAACGCUUUUGGUUUGAGAUACGACAUGACACUUCAGUCCAAAAACGGUUCGUACCACCCUUCCAUGUCGACGUCGUGGAAGGCGUACUGGACGUUUGCGAGUGAUCUCUGGGCGAUCGCAACCAAUGGUUCUGGGAUCGCUGGGAGGUCGCUCUUACGGCCAAGUCCCCACUUUGCCUUUGCCAAUACCUCGCUGCAGUCUCUUAUGGUCUUGAAUUCGACAUUGCAGUUACCGCUCGGCGAAGUGCUCGAUGCUUUUCACGACGAUGUCGGGGUGUUUGGUGCGGUUGAUGUCUUCCACGUACCGUACCCUGCGUCGCUCAGUCGGCUGCAGCGCGCGAUUACGAGCGAGCUCACGACGCUCCUUGCCAAGAACACGGACGAAAUGGCAGCCAGUCGCGCCCAAGCCGACUUUGGAAGCAUGAUCUUGAUGAGCUCGCUGAGUCCCGUGCCAAAGUACUUAGAUCGAACCACGUACCUCUGUUCAGGCGGCAACCUCUUUUGCCCUGAAGUGCCCACCGCAUUUAACUUUUCCAUUGGCAUGUCGCAGUUCACCGGUGUCGACACGACGUGCUACAACAGCUUCAACGACUGGGUCUAUGUGACCCCCGUCCAAAUGGUGUUUGCUGUGAUCGCAUCGGGCAUCGCACUCGACCCGACGACGUUGAUUCCGGUGGCAUGCGCGUCAGAGGUCAUUGCGCCAUCCCAGUGCCUCGUUGUUCUCGAGAGCGUCUCCACCUUUGUGUCGACGCACUUUGCACCGAGCGUGCUCGAGCAGUACCGCGUCGAGGCGGUCGCGGUCGAAGCCGACGUCAUUGGCGCCUCCGUAGGGUUCAUGCAGUACGCCCGGCACGUGCCGACCAACCGCGUUGAGCUCUUCCACCAAGUGCUCUUCGAUCCGUCCGAUGCGACAAUGCACUUUUCCAACUGGGGCUUGGCGUACGAGUGGACUGUCGGGUCUCGCGAAGUCAUUCGCGUCGACGGUGACGUGAGCUCCCUCGCAGUCUUUUCGACCAUCUCCUUUGCGGCGAGCUUUGCCGCCAGCGGUAUCGAAAUGCCGCUCAACGUCGCCACGUACCUCCGAGGACUCUGCCAGUACAUCUCGUUCGUUCUAGCUGCCAUUGCGUUGAUCGCGGGACUCUACACGCUAGCAAAUGGCUGCACGAGCGAGGGCCUCAACCUCUUUGAAGUCAACCGCGUUGGCGGCUUGACCUGGAUCGGUCGCCCGCUGCUCUUUGUCCGGAGUGUCACAGCACUCUGCAUUCUCAGCACCGCCACGCUUCAGCUCCAAAAGACUGGGAUCAUGACGCAACUGACGGCGUCCAGAGACGACGUGGAGCCAUUCAUUGCGUACAUCACCAAGAUCCUCGCAGCGAGCGAGCUCGGCUGGCUUGUCUACAUCUUUGACGACCUGUGCAUGGCGUGGACACGGCAGUACAGUGCGAGCUACACGCCCAAGACAGCGAUGACGGCGUGGCUGAUUGCGAUCGUCCUGAGUUUUACGAGCCCUGUCUCCCACAGCGCAACGAUCCAGCGGUCGUGCUCUCUGGGUGAAAUGGAUUUUGAAAUGGUAUGCCACAGCGGUGUCGUUGCCAUUGGAUCCGUCUCUCGCCUGCUCUUGCUCGUCGGUAUCGCGCUCGGCGGCUCGACGCUUCUCUACAUCACAGAUCGCCUCUGGCACACGCUGCCGCCGCUGGACGAGCGCGACUCGUUCUUGGUGACUUGCAGUGCCAAGUACCUCUUUGAGAGAAAAGGUUGGGUCCACGACCGAAUCUACUUCAUCGACUUUGCGUCCGCGGCUUUGACUGGUCUCCUUGUUUGCUGGUACAAGGGCGACCUCUAUGUCUUUGACAUCAAAACGUGGCGCACGCUCGUGCUGCAUCGCAGUGACCUUCAAGCUGCCACAGCGUCGCACCCGUCGGCGGCGCACCUCGCCCGCGCCCUCCCGCUCAUCCGGUAGCUAGCUAGGCUGCAUGCCACAUGUACAUACAUGCAUCUUUCAUCCGACA